GUUACAUGUUGCUUACCAUAUUUUUUUGCUGCAGUGAUGUUGUAAAAAAACCAAAACUCAACCAACACCACGGUUUCUGUCAUGCAGCCUUCGACUGUAUCGACUGCUCGACCACUUUCCACACUCCUGCUGAGUACCAGGGACACACUUCGUGCGUAACAGAAGCAGAGAAGUAUCAGAAAACUUUGUACAAGGGACCUAGAUCGGCCGGGAACUGGGGGGCAGCACCUCGACAGAAUGGGCCCGGUGGGUUCCAAGGCCAUGGAGGAUACCAGGCGCGACCACCAACGCGUUACCAGGCUACUGGUGCCAACGGAACUCCAUUGGGCACACCUCAGCGCAUGUCGCCUGUAACUGUAACACCACCAGAGCCGUCAAUCAUACCAUCGAAACCAAUAGAGGCUCAGCCUUCGAAAAACUCAGCCCCAGUACCGGAAACAACUGAGAUCAAAUCGCAGAAAAAAGUCCAAGUCAGAUUUAAAUGCCAAGGACAAGAAGAAGAUAUCAUUAAUGUCGAGCCAUUAUCUGCGCCUUCAUCUCCAUCACCUCAAAAGGCGGAGAAGAAGAAAAAGGACAAGAAACAUAAAAAGUCCACUGAGGACGCUGUAGAGUCUACUGUCGACAAUACCCCAGCACCAACAGAGAUACCAGGAGAAGAGGAAAAGAAAUCCAAGAAAAAGGACAAGGAAAAGCGGAAAGCUGCUGUUGUGGAGGGCGAGAAUUUGGAGAGCCAAGAGACCAAGGACAAAGAGAGCGACGAGAGCCGGUCGAAAUCACAGAAGCGGAAGAGAGACGACGAGCCCGUAGAUUCAGACACAGGUAAGAAAGAGAAGAAAGAGAAGAAGAAGAAGAGCAAGAAGGACAAAGUCGAAGAAACACCAACGAAUAGCGCAUCGAAUCCAUCUCCUACGCCAGUCGAGACGGAGGGAGAGACAAACACCAAGAAGCGGAAAAGGGACAAGUCAGAAAAGGUUCCGAAGGACGGCAUGGACGUCGACAUAACACCUACAGAUGCUCCGUCUGUUGCGCCUGUGGAAAAGAAGAAAAAGAAAAAGAAGCAUGACGCAGAACCAGUUGCUGAUAUUGAGGUGUCGGCAAUGGAUGUUGAUGCUCCCCCACCGAGUCACGAUGAGAAAAAAGAGAAGAAGAGGGCUAAGAAGGAGAAGAAGGAGAAGGAGAGGAGCUCCAAGAAAUCCGACAAGGCAUCGGUAUAAACUGGUUGCUUCGUUGAGUAUCUACGAGAUUUUGUUUGGGUUUGGUGAUGAGCUGCUUCUACGCGGGGCCGAUGCUAGCCAUUAGAAGAAUGUUGACAAUAUACCUGGCUCAUGACACGGUUGCAGUCUUACUCUGAGGUGCUAGGAGUCAGCGCUAGCACCGCAGUCGCGUGUCAUUAACCCCUCGUGAUC